AUGCUCUGCCUCUCAAUGGCAUGUGGCUGUCUCGUCUCUCGAAAUCGCCAGCUCUUUGCUCACAAGACUGUACGACAAGACCAUGAAACCACCCUCCCCGCGGUCAGUCUCUGUGCUCACUGGAGACGCAAGAAGUUGCGUCGAAAGAUCGGGAGCAACCUCUGGAACGCCUCCUCUGCAGCCAACGAAAACAACCAGUUCGAGGCUGACAUUCUGCGCAGUAUGCCGCAACAGGUAAACUAUGUGGAACAGAGUUACAUUCACUUCCAUUCAACGCCUUCCUACAAUGAAUUUCUCAUCGAUGGUUCAGCGCGCGCAGAUACUUCUACUCGGAAUUCCCUAGUUCAGCCAAAUAUGGCCAAAGUGGGCGUCAGUCGCGGUGUCGCCAACCCUCGAGGUGCAGAGACUGAGUACACUUUGCGACACAUCACCCCAAUCGAAUUUCAGGGGUCUUUUGAAAAUCCGAUGGAAACACGAAGUCCUCGAUAUCAGCCAGCGGGCAAAUUGGAACCGAAUGUCUCCUCGGAGGUGAUGACAACUCACCGACAUAAAUCGGAGGUUUACAAAGAUCCCUCGAAGCCUACUGACGAGGCGUCGAAAGCAAACACAUUGCUACCGGCUUCUUCUAUCGGACAAAACGUCAUGUUCCCACAGGCAAUGGGGGCGAGCGUGGUUGGCUUUGGAGUAGGGAACAGUUAUGCAGUCACAUCAGACAGCGUGCACACAUUUCACAACAAAGCAACCGUCGAAUCGGUCAGCGACAACUUGCAGUUUGAGCUGGGCCUAAGGCGAGACGAUAAAGUGCGAUACUCCAAUCGUCAGCGAAAUGUAAAUGAAGUCGCAUUGGGUCCAGAAGUGAAUCUCCUCUAUGCCAAUGACACGACAGCACAGAUUAUGACCCCCAACUUGACAAACUGCCAGUCAACCCAUUCUCCGCUCCAUCAAAGGUGAGUCACAAUUCCACUACUCUUUGAGUUAACAUGCAAAGGCAUCCUGACUUCAGUAGUCCUGCGUUAUGUCUGGCGUUUACAAAGUUAGCGGGUCCUGAUUUGUCUUACAUUCCAACCCCCCCUCCGCUUAUUUGUUAUGGGUUAGAGUCUCAGACGUAAAGUGACGCCUUAAUGACCUCCGGCUUAAUUCGAGACAUUUUAAAACGACACGAGACCGUCUACAAAACCGAAAGCGGACUCAUAGAAUUGCACUGGCAUUUUGCCUGACUCACAGAGGAUUACUUUAGCUUCAGUCGAAACACAAAUGAGGAGUGGACAGUUGUGGUCUGAUCGUCAAAUGAUCGAAUAUAACUAGCCGUAAUUGAGAAUGUCGUGUCCAGCUUUCGGUUGCGUUUGCCUCAGAAUUCGUUCUCUUCGGGGGCUGUGGGCGACUCCCAUGCCCCGAUCGUUCACAACAAGCCUCUGACCCGUCCACGAACUCCGCCGUGUAUAAUGGUUUACCGGCUUUCCACACCUGAUGGUUGACCGCUACCACAGCCGUAGUCCAUCUGUGGGGUAGCAACGUAAAGUCAGUUAGAUCAGAAAAUUCAUAGCGAAGCGGAUGGUCGUUCGAGAGUCGCCUUUCUGAACGGCUGAUACUUCGGCUUAAUGCGCCAGGCAUGCACCCUGACUUGGCUUUCGGAAUAGCAUUCAGUCAUUCGGUGCUCUCGCAUAGUCGUGGACGGACUGUUCACUGCUACUUCAGGCAGCUAAAUUUCAUGAGCUAUCGAUGCUCCUCCGUCUGCCCACCAAUCAAUGGUGUUUUAUUUAUUCACGUUGGACCCGGCCGCCACUACUUAAAUACGGCAAGUAGUAUAUGAGACGGAGUUAAUAACCAACAAUUUAUGGCCAAAAAUUUGCCGCGACCCGUUUUGGUGCCUACGAGAAACGGUUUUCCCGCAAAUGCAUGCUGAAAGUUUGGAAUCCCCAAACGGUCAAAAAUAAAUACGCCCAGCGUAUUGUGAAUGGGUGAUCCAAUUACGAAAACUCGGCGACUUCAGUGGGGGUCGAACCCACAACAUCUAGGGGAAAGUUUUGGUACAGCGAAAGCUCUAGCCAUCUGAUCUACGAGUCCCCACCGCGAACUCUGAGUUUAAUCACAUAUGUGUCGCGUUACCUCUCCAGCAUACUGCAACAUCUGGAGUCCACCAAAUCCGAUGCAGUAAGCUGAGUGCUCAUACACUUCAGAAUCCUCAGGAUGAAUACCAGGAUCACGUGAUUAGUCGGUUUUUUGGCCUCGUAAUUCGGGUGGCCAGAGCAGUGGCUGUGCUAAAGCCAAAACCCUUGUUGUCGUGGAUUCAAAUACAACCGAGUUUGGUCAAAAUGAAUUAUACGGGUUUGUACCUUUGCGGAGUGAAGCCAAUUUCUUUCGCUAAAAAACGGGAAAAAUGCAUUCUUUAUGAUACACUUUGACCUCCCCCGAUGUGUAGAGGUGACGUGUGUCAUACAUUCACCGAAUAGGAGGUGUGAGAUAAGGCCGUGAUGGACAAAAAUCUAACGAAGGAGGAAUGAAGUUCGAAUAUUUGGAGAUGCAUCCGUAGAAAUAGAACUUUUGUUGAUAGUUUUCCCUAAGUUUACUUUGUCCCUAGAAUAAACUCAAGGCUGGAUGUUCUUUCUUUUAAAGACAGUCGACUGUCUUCGGCCUUCAGAGCACAGGCAUACAUCCACUGGUUCAGGCUUAGCUGAGUAAAGUCAAAAGAGAUUCAAAUUACAUGUUUGCCUUGUUUCGGAUUCGACUGGACCUUAUGUUGUUCCUGUGACGAGAGGCUAGGGAAUAACUCUCGGAAAUUUGAACCGUCUGAUAAAUGAACCACUGCUCGCAGGCGAACAAACUUUUCUCUCAAAACCAAACGUAAAUAGGACAAAACGGUAAAAGAGUUUUGUAGAUAUCAAACGAUAAAAUAAGGCUUUGGAAGAACAGGGAAAUAGGAACUUCCCCGGAAUACAAAUGGCCCUGCGGUUAAUUUCUGGAUGGAUGUACAUUCCCGCAUCCUAUCUCCGGCCCUAAGCCUUAACGUCGGUCCAACACUAGCCCAUUAGCUACGGCAGGGCCACCUGUUAAAGGGAAUAUAUCUAUAUCUAUUUUCCUACUCUUCAUUAAUUUAAACGUUACCUUCUACACACGCCAAACUGGCAUCAACCAGAGCAGAGAUUCCAAAGAGAAGUAUGUGGUUAUGUAGUGCCGCCUGAUGGACAUGAUACUUUUGGGUAGGGUUAGGAUUCGAGGUUAAAGUUAGGGGUUAGAGUUAGGGCAACUGUUUUUCAACCAGUCGAAACACAACCGCAUAUUCUCAAUAGCUUUUCUUUUGCAUGAAACUGCUUGGCCACUUCGCCCGUUAGUUCCCCGGCUCGCCUGUAAAACCCCUAUCACCAUCGGUCCAGUAUUUCACAUGGCCGGAGUUCGUUUACUUCAGGUGCGGCUACAUAACCACAUCUGACCGCUAAAUGUUAUGUCGGUGGUCUGUUGCCCAGAGAGAACGUAUGUUGAUAACAUCAUGAAAUCAUAUGAAUAGAGAAAAGGAGUUGGCCUAAAAAACGUACCUAAAUCAGUGUUUGUUUUGUGAGACACUUUAUAUCGCUUGGAUCGACCUACGGGUAGAUAAAACGGCAAAACCGACACUCAUUACGGUUCGAAAAACUCACAACUGACUUCACAGCGUUCGAUAAAUUCACCCAGAAAAGAGAACUCAAGAGCAGCAACUUGUUUUAUACUGAUGUAGCAUUUAUAAAAACAUCAUGUAUCCUUUCAGCCGACUCCGCAUUCGCUUACGAAUAACAAACUUAGAUUCUCAAGAAAAUGUUCCUGAGAUUUAUCCACGCAAAUAAUUUCUUCUAAUCUUUUAUCGAUAAGGAGUAAGUAUAUGUGUGGGAUAUGGAAAAAUUAUGGAGAAACGCCCACGAUAUUUUUCGAAGAAAGUGUUGUUCUGUAGAGUUCUCGUCUACACUUAGUCGAGAGAAUGACAACUGCAACUUGUACUACUGGAAUGCCUACAUUGUUUCAUUGUUCUACACAUUCCACAUAUAAUGCUUCGGUAAGAGGAAAACUUAACUUUAAAAAAGUGUUUGGCACAGAGAACAGGCCGGUAGUAGACAAAAUAUUUGCAAUAAUGGUUGCUGGAAUGUAUACACCUGACAGCAAAGCAGGUGCAUUAAAACACUGAGUAGGAGCGCGGACUUCUAAACCAACAGGUCGCGAGUUCGAGCCUCGGGAGUUCCACACUUCGGGAUUGGGUAUGACUGGCUGACGACGGCCAAUAAGCCACAAAUGGCCAUUCCAGUCUCCCUUGUCUUUGUCGGUAAUACUAUUCUGCAUAUAUAUCAUUCGCCGCUGUGCAGCUGCUGCUUGUGCUCGAGAGAGAGCCCGUAAGGUACAACGGCACGAGUGAGUUCCGUAAGAACGAUCGGUGAUCGCCCCCUAUCACUGGUUAAUUUGCUAAACAACAGUUGGUACUUUCUUACCCCGCGCAUAUACUUAAUCCUCGCCAAAUUUCGCCUUUCAGAAGUCCCUCACAUCCCAAAAAUGCAAUCUCCUUGCCCUCCACGACGACGGGAACAACCUCGGCAGAGGUUUUACCUCACAGGGUAAACGCGCACAGCUCAGAUCCCUACUGCCGCGUUCGAAAUGUGUACGUCCUACCGGAGUUCUCCUACUGCCUGUCACUCCCAGACCAACGGUUAGAAUAGCCUGCCGCCCAUGUCCCCUGUCUAACCUCUCACCUCAAAGAUGCUGACAUUGCCCAACGCCCACCAUCCCUCUCUGCCUCUCUCUGUUCUAAAAAUGAAUUUGAGAAGCGAUGCCUGCACAGAUAUCUGCGCCCAGAAUGCCGGCAUGUUCUCUCCGUUUUCUACCGUGCGCAUCAACUCUUCGGAUAUCACGUCAUCGGAUAUGCUUCCAUGAAACGCGGCGUUUUCCAUUUAUUUCCUGUGACCAUAGUUAGCCCUGAUGUCGGAUGCCACAUGCGGACCUCAGGCGUGUGCAUUUGGCCUUAAUACGUGCAAUUAAAUGGGGAAUUUGCAGUUUGUUGUAACAUAGUUUUCUUUAAUAUGUUAUAUACUCUAAUCAGCAACCGAGCUUUAUAGAGAAUGGAUUUAACUAAAUUGCGCAUAGGCAUCCACUUUUUAAUUUUCCACCCAGGAAGACGGAUGCAUUUUGUACCAACGCGGAAUGAGCAGUUUGCAUCUGUGGACAGAACUCCCUGGAGAAUGCCACUCGGUAAUCUUGGCAAGGCGCAAGGCAUAGGGCAGACAUUUUUAUCACUGCAAAAGCCGAUAAUUUGGCCAGCAGUCGAAAGCAUCCGGACGCUACAGACUUCUGUACAAGCACAUAUUUUAUAAAGCACCACGUACGGCUGCUGAUGAACUUGCAGAGUUCGAUUGGCCCCUAACCGUCGUUCUUCUAUUAGCCCCAGGAGUACUUGUAAUGAGCCAGCCUUGGUCAACUUUAAGGGCCACGUGGGUGUGUAUGUGUGUGCGCGUCGGUGUGUGUGUGUGUCCAACCCCCGUUGUGUGAAAUCCUGGUGUUUGUGUGUAUGGGGGGGGGGGCAGGUCGUGCUGUGGCGCGCGCAGGCAUGGUCAGGCGACCAUGCCAGCCACCGCGCACAUUCCCCACUUUAGUCUACUGACCGGCUCGGACAGCGGCUGGGGUGUGGGGAUGGGAAGAGAGAGUGAGGUCGACGACUCAGCGCACUUUCCUCACUAUAAACAAUCUGACGCACUUGAAGCUAUCAAGGUGCGCUAAAAGCCGCUGCUUGGAUGGUUGCCAACUGACGGGGUAAAUUGGACCUCCUUUUUGACUGGUGGUAGUCUGAGAGUCAGGCUGCGAUGGCUCCUUUUUAAUGUAGUUUUUAUGGCACUCCCACCACAGUGUGGGAUCCGAGCCAGGCGUUGGCGGCACGCCUAGGUGCGGCUGCUUCGGCCGUGCCAGCCUCCAAAUCUCUGUUGUGUUGGUUGAAACCCUGGUUAUUGUUGUGUGGACCAGGGGGCGUGGUGGAACGCCAAGGCGAGGAUCCGUCCGAGCCAUCCACCUGCGGCCUCCCUCGUCUCUGGUCUUCUUGACUCUGUCUUGACACCGGGCCCAGGCGGGGGAGGAGGAGAGAGUGUAGGUAGAUGCAGCGCAAGUCUACUGGCACUACAAACCCCUGCGCAAGUCACCGUCCCUGCUCCCACAAUGCAGUCUGUGGGGCACACGGUGGUCAUCGUCGAAACCGACGGACGAACUGUCGUGUGUGUGCGUGCGUGUGUGUGUGUGUGUGUGUGGGGGGGGGUGUAGGGGUGUCAGCGGUGGGUCCACGUGAUGGUCGUAGUGGUCGCUCACUUGCUUGCAGGUGAGACUACGCCUAGCGUCCAUUUGCUGGCACCUAACUCUCACCUGUGGCUCCACGUAGCUGGGCUCUGCUCAGCGGCCACACACCGAGCAACCGUCUCGACGGGCGGGCUAAACCAGGUGAGGGUAUUCGUGCGUGCAACUGCACGCGCGGUACUGUGGUCUGCGCUGGCCGGAUGGAUCUUCGCGUCGACAUCGUCGAGACUAGGCUUUGCCUGGACCAUCGCAGGAGGCCACCAGGUAAGUUCCCCCUCAGGUAAGUGCGUUUGCUUUGUUUCUUCCUUUUGUUUGUUGAAGUUCCGCGUCGUACGCUGCGCUUGCUGCCUGCCCUUUAUAUGCUAGUCUGUCUGUCAAUAGCUAAACGACACCCUCGAUGCCUGCUGCGAUUGUCUGUCCGUCAGUCUAUGCCACUCUCUACUAAUAGCUAGGUGUUACGGUGCUUGACUUUGUGUGGUGCCCUCACUUUGUCUCUGACUGAUGACUGUGUCCGCUUGUCCACUCUAGUUCUAAGUCCCCUAGCGUUAGUUAGUGUGUAUGCUCUCUCCUACUUCACUCCAUCACAUCAUUACCACCACCAAGGUCCCAGGCUAAUUCGGGUCGUUCUCUCACUAACAAAAAGUCGUGGCCCAUAAUGGAGUCCGGCAGCCGUCAGGGAUAACCGGGCAGCCCUGUUCAGGGAUGCGUUGCCUGCCCCCGCGAGGGGGAGGGGGCUAGAAAAGGUGCCCUAAAUAUCGCUGGGAACCACGCUGUCUGUAGGCUGGCCGUGGCCGCAGACAAAAAAAACACGGUCGAAACAGCCAAAACCGAAACAACAACAACAACAAUCGCUCUCUUCAUCUUCCAGCCUAUUCUUCUUCUUCUCCUACUCCUACAUUUCGCCGCAGCAGUCGCCAGACUGGCAGGGUGAGCCCGCUCACUCUGGCAGCCUAGAAUGUUCGUUCCCUUUUAGACAAUCCGAGGAGCAACCGGCCGGAACGGAGGACGGCGCUAGUGGCACGAGAACUGGCGCGCUACAAGGUGGACAUCGCCGCACUAAGCGAGACCCGAUUCUCCGAACAAGGCCAGCUGGAGGAGGUGGGUGCCGGUUACACCUUCUUCUGGAGUGGCCGACCCAGGGCAGAGCGACGAGACGCGGGCGUCGCCUUCGCCAUCCGGACCGACAUCGUGGGACGACUGCCCUGUUUGCCGCAGGGAAUCAACGACCGCCUGAUGAGUCUCCGCCUGCCCCUCCGGCGAGGAGGCAAGUUCGCCACCAUCAUCAGCGCCUACGCUCCGCCGAAGAGCAGUUCCGACGCCGCCGCAAGAGACAAAUUCUACGAGGACCUGCACGCCCUCUUGGCGACUGUGUCGAAGGCGGACAAGUUGAUCGUCCUUGGCGACUUCAACGCCCGCGUCGGCACAGACCAUACUGCCUGGAGGGGAGUGCUGGGUCCUCACGGUCUCCGCGGCUCCAACGACAACGGCCUGCUGCUCCUCCGCACCUGCGCAGAACACCGCCUUACCCUGACGAAUACCUUCUUCUGUCUGCCGGAGCGAGAGAAGGCCACCUGGAGGCAUCGUCGGUCGCGUCAGUGGCACCUACUGGACUAUGUCCUCGUCCGGAGGCGAGAUCAGCGGGACGUGCUGGUGACGAAGGCGAUCCCGGGUGCUGGCGGGUGGACCGACCAUCGCCUCGUCAUCUCGAAGAUGCGUAUUCGCCUACAGCCUCGCAGGAGACCACAAGGUAAGCGACCCCCAGGUAAGCUGAAUGUUGCCUUGUUGUCUUUGCCCGCUCACCAUCUCCAUUUCAGCGAUGAGCUAGCUCAACGGCUAGACAACCUUCCUAUCGCUGCCGCCGACGACGCCGCCGCUGCCGAAAACGCCUCCGUGGAGAACCGCUGGUGUCAACUGCGAGACACGGUCCAGUCGACGGCGCUCGCCGUCCUCGGUCGCGCUCCCCGCCAACACCAGGACUGGUUCGACGACAACAACGCCGCCAUCAGAAAUCUGCUUGCUGAGAACAACCGCCUCCACAAAGCCUACGUAGAUCACCCUACUAAGGACAACAAAGCUGCCUUCUACCGCAGUCGCCGACAGCUUCAGCAACGACUGCGCGAGAUGCAGGACGCCUGGACUGCUCGCAAAGCUGAGGAGAUCCAAGGCUACGCGGACCGCAACGAAUGGAAGAACUUCUUCUCCGCGAUCAAAGCUGUCUACGGUCCGCCGACGAAGGGCACUGCUCCUCUCCUCAGCGCCGACGGCAGCACUCUCCUGACUGAGAAGACGCAAAUCCUACAGCGAUGGGCCGAGCAUUUCCAGGGCAUCCUCAACCGCCCUUCCGUCAUCUCCGACGCCGCCAUCGCCCGCUUGCCGCAAGUGGCGACCAACGUGGACCUCGACCUCCCGCCAUCUCUCCAGGAGACCAUAAAGGGCCGUGCAGCAACUCUCCAGCGGGAAAGCACCCGGAUCGGACGCAAUCCCUGCUGA